AUGGCGGUCGUGUUCGACACGACGACGACCGUGUUCGGCACGACGACGGCCGUGCACGACACGACGACGAUCGUGUUCAACGAGCCGGACACGACGACGAGCGUGUUUGACACGACGACGGCCGUGUUCGACACGAUGGCGGUCGGGUUCGACCCCACUACGAUCGUGUUCGACACGACGACCAUCGUGUUCCACACGACGACGACCGUGACGGACAACGGACAUGACGACGAUCGUGUUUGACACGACGAUCGUGUUCAACACGACGACCAUCGUGUUCGACACAAGGACGACCGUGUCGACCAUCGUGUUCGACAUGACGACGACUGCGGUGGAAGUGUUCGAGAAAACUUGUUGACGUCACCAAUAAACCAGCACUGGACAC